AUGCCAACGCUAGACGGCCUCCACAUCACCAUCGUACAGGGUGGAUUUGAGAUGCCAGAAUACCCUGAUGAUGCCGCCACCCGAACAGAGAGCUCUCGCAGUGUGCUUGUCGAGAUCCACAGCGGACCCUUCGCAAUCCAGAUCCGUUUGCCAGGCUGGAUGCCGCUGCUCGGAAACUUUGUUGUCGCGAACUUCAUCAUCGACGGACACGAAACCCACGACAUGAUCCUCUCCCCUCCUGGACAGCUCAACGACAUCCUUGGACUGAGUAACGAAAAAGUCCUCGUUCCGAUGUCCUUCCAUCAUCUGACUGCCAACGUCGACGGUAGCGACCUCUCCGAAUACACCAACGAGCAGCUCGGUAGCAUCUGGGUCCGACUGAGGCACGCCAAAUUCAACUACGGCGCUCCAGUCCAAGGUCCAUCAGACGUCCUCUGGAUCCUGCCACCUCGUGUCACUGCAGAAGCAUUGAAAGAGAAGGGUCUCUCGCACGCUGUCCUGGCUGACUCAGGCACGGCCCUGCAAGAGCCUUGCGCGAGACCACCGUACGAGUACGUCGGAGGCGAGAGAGACACCUAUCUCUUUCGAUUCAAGUAUCGCAGCCGGCGGGCAUUGGAGGAGAUCGGUAUCGUCGAGCGUACUGCGCAGGAAGGAGAGAUCAGGGCAGUUGCUGUGCCUCAUGUGCCCGCAGCGGAGACCGAGAAGUCAGGUGUUGGAGGGCAGAGGCCGCCGGGGCGUGGAUUGGAGUGGUAUGAUGGCCAAGGGAACUGGUGUUGGCAUGUGUCAAAGUCAGAAGAGAACGCCAGCAUCCUCAUGUUGAACGUGAAGAGCAGGUCAGCGUCGAGACCUCUGCGGCGUCAGCCACAGUUCUUGUAA